UGCAGAUUUAGACACAUGGAAAUGCAGCAAAACUGCAGUAUUUCAUGCUUCUGGGAAACUCAGCCUCUUGGCUGUGUGAAGAUCAGUUGUAUCUUUUAUCACAGCAAACCUCGAAAUAUCAAUGGAUUAUUUUUGCCACCUAGUAGCAAUAUUACACUACAAAAAGAUACUCAGGAAGGAACUCCACCCCCGACCCAGAGUCAGGAGCCCCUGAAACCUCAGGAGAAUAUAUCACGACCCAUUCAACAUCCUUUAGUUUUAAAAACCAACUUUGAGGAAGAAGAGGAGGAAGGAAAUGAGCAGAAUGAUGCUUCAAGUUUAUGGACAAAGACUCCUGAAGAAAUUGAAGAAAAAAGAGCUAUAAAGGAGAUGUGUUAUAAAUCUGGUGAAUAUUACAGGGUACAUACACCUCCAGAUAUUUCAUCAUCGAAAAGCACAGCCUCUACACCAGAAAAAGAGGUAGAAAAGCCUUUGGAAAAUGGCAGUGAAUUACAAGAAGGGGAUGGUCUUACAGUUCCAACAAAAUUUAGCCUAAUUGAAAGGCACGGUGAGGUCAAAGCAUCAUUGGAUAGGAAACCAAGGACUGACAUUGUUGCUUUUGAAAAUGGAGGAGGUGAUUGCUACAUUCCACAGAGGAUCAUAUUUCUCGGAGUAGAUGAAAAGAAAGAGAAAGAAAUCACCAUGUCGAAAUGUUCAAAUACUAAAGACAACAAAGACAGUCCUCAUCCAAAGCGUUCCCUAGCUACCCGACUAGCACCUACAGCGCAUGUAUUAAAUGCUACUGAGAAUAUCAGUUUGAAGUGCAGAGAGGACCCCUCUUCAAUGAAUGAUGUCCAGCCAGUGAGGAAGCCUCAUUUUAAAGGCGUGAAAAAAAGAAAAUGGGUUUAUGAUGAACCAAAGAACUUUCCUGGCCAAGGAGUGCGGAGAGCACUACAGACCCCAAAUCCAAAAAAUAAAACCAGUUACCAUCGCAGUAAUAAAGACAGAAAUGCUGAGAAUGCAUCCUAUAUCCACGUUCAGAGGGAUGCUGCUGUCAGGACUGUCUCAUUAAAUGCACCUCCCUGCAGCAGGCCCACACCUGGCUUCUACAAUAAAGUCAACGCUAACAAGGAACCCAAACUCAAUCUCUGUCCAGAUAAAUAUAUGUCAACACCAUAUAAUGGUUCAGCUUGGCGAAAAAGAAUUCCUUUUUCAAAAGCAUAUUCAAAAACUCAAAAGAUAUAUACAGAGCCAAGAAGAAAUGGGAGCAAGUAA